AUGUACCGCCUUCAUCUACAAAGCACGCUUCACAUCUGGGGAUGUGGAAACCGUUGUGGGCAAGUCAGUACUAACAUCGUUUCUAGACUUCCUUAACAUGCGUCCAACCACUCAACCCAAGAGCUUUGACAUCUUCAAUAAGCAAUUAGUCAAACUUGUCAAAGAAAAAGUGAGCUAUGUCCUCGGCCCCAUGGAUGAUCAAUUAGCUUGUUAUGUCUCUGAGAUGGACAGACUGGAUAUAAUGCUUCCACAUGCAGAGAUACUAAUAGAGGAACUGUUAGCUGAGAGGUGUAUACAACAUCAGCAGAGGAAGCAAAACGUUGCUGAAGACCAGCAAGAUGCCCUCAAUAGGCAGCAGACAGAAGAGCUUCAGCCCAUCGGUUUUGAUCGGGGUGAUUCCCAGACUGUGGAGGAAAAACCCACUCAGAGAUCUCGGGGGUCCCUCCGUAGGUACCACCAUUUGUGGUUUGAGAUGUUACCGGUGAUCCCAGAGGAACCAGAACUCGAGGAGGCAGAAGCAGAGAUCAACGAGGAGAGGGAUUUUAUUCCUGAGGACCAGGAAUCAGAUCUGAAGCUGGUGGACAAAUUCAUUUCUGAGGAGCUUUCAGCAAUGAACAAGGUGAAUUACUUUAUCUCUAAAGAAAAUAAAUCAGAUCUUUAGAUGGUGGAUUGAUUUACAUCUGCUGAGAUUUGUGAAAUGAUGAAGGUAAAUUAUUUUAUGUCUAAGGAAAAGGAGUUGGAGCUGAAGCUGGUGGAUGAAUUCAUUUCUGAGGAGCUUUCAGUGAUGAACAAGGUGAAUUAUUUUAUCUUUAAAAAGAAGGAAUCAGUUGAGCAAUUGGGUGUUUUAACUAGUCCACAGUUUUAAAUAAACACUGCAUGCAUUGGAACAAGAGGAACUAUAAAUAACAGCAACCAACCCAGAUGAUGAUGAUAGACAUAAUAUUUAUCGCUCUGUUUGAACAAAGUACUGAUAGAAAGUUUUCUACUCAAUCAAUAUAUGUAGCUGAUAGUAAGAUAUUCAAAUAUUUUGUUUGCAUGUGGACUUUGCUUUCUAAAAAUAUAUAUUCCAGUGUAUUCCUGUUUUACAAAAUAUGCAGACAGAGAUUUUAUCAAACAGGUUGAAUAUCUCUACUAUGCUAAAUUGGGACUUGCAAAAAUCAGCCUUUUUAUGUACGCUUUUGGGGAGGGCGUCUGAAAAAAAGAGUAUGUUUGUACACUUGUGAAAAUAUCUAGGAUUUUGAACAACACCUAAGGUAAAUUAUUUUAUGUCUAAGGAAAAAGAGUUGGAGCUGAAGAUGGUGGACGAAUUUAUUUCUGAGGAGCUUUCAGCGAUGAACAAGGUAAAUUAUUUUAUCUUUAAAACUAAAGACUCAGAUGUUUAGAUGGUGGAUAAAUAUAUAUCUGAUAAGAUUUCUGCAAUGAUGAAGGUAAAUUAUUUUAUCUCUAAGGAAAAGGAGUCAGAGCUGAAGAUGGUGGACAGAUUCAUCUCUGAGGAGCUUUUUGAAAUGAGCAAGGUAAAUUAAUUUAUCUUUAAAAUAAAGGAAUCAGAACUUUAGAUGGUUGAUGAAGUUAUAUCUGAUGAUGUUACUGAACUGAUUCAGGGGUUGUUUCCAAUGUCCAGCCCUUUCACAUGUGCACAAACCCUACUCUUUGGUGGUGGGGGUCUUGUGUACGCAUAAAUGAUGACCUGCUGUAAUACGGUCCGUAUUUUUAGCACAUUUUGCUCUUCUCCUGCAUAGCAAACUUGUUGACAGAGAGGCGGUAACAGUGUUGCCCAAUUUGCUUAUUAUAAACUGUUUUUCAUUUCUUUCUAAAGUCACUUGUAAAUGUUGUGAGUCACAGGUGGUAUUUUUUUUGGCUUUGUUUCUGAACAUGAGGUUACUUAUUUGGGCUUGGCUUUAUUUUCUCAACAGAACCCCUUUAGCUAGCUAUCGCGCCACGCAACAAGAGACCUGCUCAUGCUACUGCUGCGUUACAGACAGCAGCCGGCUAAAUAUCUGUCCGCACACACACCUUGGCCUGAAGUGUUUCUGAACCGUGCGUUUCUGACUGUGCUUUGUUUUUGCCUUGCUUCUCUGCCCUUCCCUCAGAGCCCAGGGCUAUUGCCAGUGGCCAGCUUUCAGAACGCGUAUCUCUGCGUUUCAUUUUCUUCCUGCAUGUUGCAAAAGGUCCUGCAUAAAGUCAGUAGGAGAUUAGUUGUGUCGUCUUAUUUUGAUCAAUUUUAACAACACAUAACAGCUCUGAAAACAUGUUGCACUAACGGCUGGCGUUCCCUUAGGGUGCGUUCACACCAAAUACGAACAAGGCUAAUUUUCCCCUUGAUUCCCUGCUGUUGGUCGCUUGACAUUUCGCCUCUCUCUUGCAAACAAUCCACAGAGAAAACAAAGCCAAUUUCACCCUCGCUCGCUUUACUGGGUCAUCAAAUAGGAGGAGCAUCUAUACGUUAGCCAGUUUCUCCUGUCUGUAACACUCACCGUGGUGGACAUGGAUUUUACCGAGCAAGUCACAGUGCUGUAUGUGAUGAGUCCAAAACCCUUCGGUUUCUAAGGGAUUGGUGCGUUUGAGCAAUGGGAUGUUUUAACUAGUCCACAGUUUUAUAUAAAAAAACUGCAUACGUUGGAACAAGACCAACUGUAAAUAACAGCAACCAACCCAGAUGAUGAUGCUAAACAUAAUAUUUUUCCCUUCGUUUGAACAAAGUAGAUAGAAAGUUUUCUACCCAAUCAAUAUAUGUAGUUCAAAAUAAAAUAUUCAAACGUUGAGUUUGCUUUCUAAAAAUAUAUAUUCCAGUGUAUUCCUUUUUUGCAACAUGUGCAGAAAACAAUUUUAUCAAACAAUAGGUUUAUUGAAUCCGAAAAAAGAGUAUGUUUGAACACUUGUGAAAAUAUCUAGGACUUUGAAAAACCCCUAAGAUAAAUUAUUUUAUCUCUAAGGAAAAGGAGUCGGGGUUGAAAAUAGUGGAAAAAUUCAUCCCUGAGGAGCUUUCAGAGAUGAACAAGGAGUCAGAGCUGAAGAUGGUGGACAGAUUCAUCUCUGAGGAGGUUUUAGGAGUGAGCAAGGAUAAGAAGUCAGAGCUGAAGAUGAUGAACACAUCCAUCACUGAGGAACCAUUAGAGGUCAAGGAGAUUAAAAAGAUCAUCUCUCAACAACGUUUACAGACCCAAGAUAUCUCAGAGGAUAUCACUGAACCCUGUAAAAAUCAAGGGUUGAAUGACAGAGCUGUUCCAGUAAUCACAGCAAAACAGCAGAACAAAGGAGUUGGAGUGAAGAUCAAAACGUUCCUUCAAAAGUACAUUCAGCGACGAUACAAGAGAGUUGCACCGCAGCAGUCGUUGGCUGUUAAAGAGGAACCCAGUGAGGAGGAGACGGAUGUCGCAGGGCUGAAACAAUCAGUGUCUGAGGAGCAGACACUUGACAUCUUGAGAGCGGUCUCUGGAAAGACUGGCUGGUUACAGGCCGACCGCUUUAUCUUGCUAGAUAAACGGAAUGCAAACGCAGAGAAGGCAACACUUUCUCUUUGUAAAGAGAAAAUACUGAAGACAGCAGAGAAACCCAUCCUCAAAAGGGUUUUCUCUUUUGUCGGCAAAGCCCUCUCCAAGCCCUUUAAAAAGUCCUGAGGGCCACCUGAAGUGGUCCGGUUAAACCGGGCAGGUUUCCAACAACUUUGGAAACAAUCAACACAGCUACAUUCACUGACAAAUCUUUUCACCCAGUCUUCACCAA